AUGGCAACUUCUCUCCAAGCCGCCGCAACUUUUGUUCAGCCUGCGAAGAUCGCCGUUUCUCCUACUCGCAGCGUUCAUCUCCGAUCAAGCCAAGCCGUGGGAAAGUCAUUUGGUGUUGACUCUUCAGCUGCUAGGCUCACUUGCUCCCUCCACUCUGACCUCAAAGACUUCGCCACAAAAUGUUCUGAUGCCGCCAAACUUGCCGGUUUUGCUCUCGCCACCUCUGCUCUCGUUGUCUCGGGAGCAAGUGCGGAAGGAGCACCAAAGAGGCUAACGUACGACGAGAUACAGAGCAAGACAUACAUGGAGGUUAAGGGAACCGGUACAGCGAACCAGUGUCCAACUAUCGACGGUGGAUCUGAGACAUUCUCUAUCAAGCCUGGUAAGUACACCGGCAAGAAAUUCUGCUUCGAGCCUACUUCCUUCACCGUCAAGGCAGAUAGCGUCAGCAAGAACGCUCCACCGGAUUUCCAAAACACCAAGCUCAUGACCCGUCUCACUUACACGCUCGAUGAGAUCGAAGGACCUUUCGAGGUUGGUGUUGAUGGAAGCGUGAAGUUCAAGGAAGAGGAUGGGAUCGAUUACGCAGCAGUCACAGUCCAGCUUCCGGGAGGAGAACGCGUGCCGUUUCUCUUCACGGUGAAGCAGCUGGAGGCUUCAGGGAAACCAGACAGCUUCAGUGGGAAAUUCUUGGUUCCUUCGUACCGUGGCUCGUCCUUUUUGGACCCUAAGGGUCGUGGUGGAUCCACUGGGUACGACAAUGCCGUGGCUUUGCCUGCUGGAGGAAGAGGAGACGAGGAAGAGCUAGCCAAGGAAAACGUCAAGAACACGGCGGCUUCCGUCGGAGAGAUCACAUUGAAGAUCACAAAGAGCAAACCAGAGACAGGAGAAGUGAUCGGAGUGUUCGAGAGUCUUCAGCCGUCGGAUACUGACUUGGGUGCUAAGGUACCAAAGGAUGUGAAGAUCCAAGGUGUUUGGUAUGGUCAGCUUGAGUGA